AUGGAUACGGAAGCGGUAUUGGCCAAGCACAAUAAUGCUACAAUCCUCCUAAUGGGCCUCAGACGGUCUGGAAAAUCGUCAAUUUGCAAAGUGGUGUUUCACGACAUGCAGCCUUUGGAUACGCUGUAUCUCGAAAGCACAACUAAGCCAACUACAGAAAACUUCAAAUCCCUGAUUGACCUGGCAGUGAUGGAACUUCCUGGACAGCUCAAUCUAUUCGAACCUUCGCUAUACGACUCCGAAAAGCUGUUUUCGUCCAUUGGUGCCUUAGUGUACGUCAUCGACAGUCAGGAUGAAUAUUUGAGCGCACUCCAGAAUCUGGCGGUCAUUAUCAAAUAUGCCUGCAGCGUCAACUCCAAACUCCACAUAGAAGUGUUAAUUCAUAAAAUUGACGGUUUAUCGGAAGACUUUCGGCUGGAAACGCAGAGAGAUAUUAUGCAAAGAGUCGGAGACGACUUGCUGGACUACGGCCUCGAUGGUGUGCAGAUCUCGUUCUAUCUGACAUCCAUUUUCGACCAUUCAAUCUACGAGGCGUUCUCCCGAAUCGUCCAGAAACUCAUUUACGAGCUUCCAGCAUUGGAAAACCUCCUUGACCUCCUCAUGCAAUACAGCACGCUUGAUAAAGUUUUCCUUUUUGACGUGAAUUCAAAAAUAUAUGUGGCCACGGAUUCGUCGCCCGUCGAUAUGCAAACAUACGAGGUGUGUGCUGAGUUUAUUGACGUGACUAUUGAUUUGGACGGUCUUUAUGAGAACUCCGGACAAGAAGCAGACGGAACUGUCAGAAGCCAGCCAACCAGGUGUGUUUCGAAAUUACAAAGUGGGUCCGUACUUUAUUUACACCAAAUGAUUCGAGGACUGGCCCUGGUGGCAGUUAUGAGACUGGAAGAUGAAAACGACACUAACGCGCUGGCUGUGAUUGACCACAACGUUUUGGUGUUUAAAAAGAGUUUGGAAAAGUUAUGGGAACGGGCCAGAAUAAAAUAA